CAGAACAGAUGUUUAUUUGUCUGAUGUAAACACGUGGGUAGUCGGUAUCUAAUCUGAUAUUUAAACACGACCCGAGGUUUCUCCGUACGUACUCCGGACACAUAACACUAUAACGACCAAUUGCACUUUUCUCUGCAGAAAAAAGGGGGAGUGUUUUGGUCCCUCCAAAAAUCAAUGUUUCACUUUUAUAUCUUUGCUUUUAAAAGCGGGAGGCGACGUACAGAGGCUAAUAGGAGUACUAGUGUAUAGGAAAAGUAAUUAUUGAUCGCUAUCUAUAAUGAGUCUGAAGAUUUGAUGUCUGACAAGAUAGUUUAAAAGACUGUAUAAAAAUGAAGUAUUUGUCAUUCGUAAAUCACCGCUGAUCAGAAACUCACAAUGCAGUAUCUCCAGACCCUGUUUGUUCUUCUGGCUCUAGUGCUGACUUCCGUUCGGGCGAACAGAAGAGUUGUUCGUGCACAUCCGGGGAUUCCCUGUGAGCCCAGUCGCUGCUUGAACGGCGCCACGUGCGUGAAAACGGGAAAUAACGUAAAUACUUUCCGGUGCGAGUGUGCAUAUGGGUAUGUGGGAGACUUCUGUCAACACAAAGCGUGCCGGUUUGACGAGCCCCAGUGUUUCCAUGGUGGAUCUUGUGACCUGAGCACCGACGCGGGAGUGUGCGUCUGUGACUCCAAUUGGUCCGGGGACAAGUGUGAAUAUAAAAUUUUCCGUUAUGGUUGGGAUGAAGACAAGUCAGACUUCAAAAUAACCGGAUCGAUCGGCUUCCACCCGGAUGGACAGGACGGCUCAGUUCACCACGGCCGCAUCUCCAACAACCAGGCUUUUAAUAUGGUCAUCUACGACAUCGGAGACUAUUAUGACAAUCGCGACUUUUGCCUGAGGUUUUUGUACUAAUUGUAGAUCGUGACUUUUGCCUGAGGUUUGAUAGUAUGCGGCUACUCUGAAGAGAGAGAGAGAGAGAGAGAGAGAGAGAGAGAGAGACGUUCUGAUGCAUUCUUGUUCAAGUUAAAUAGUUUUUGUUGUAAUUGUAAAUCGUGACUUUUGCCUGAGGUUUUUGUACUAAUUGUAGAUCGCGACUUUUGCCUGAGGUUUUUGUACUAA